AUGACGAGCCAGAAGGCAUCAUGGACAGCCAUCGCAGUCCAGGCCCAGUGGCUACAUGUUCACAGAAGGCCCAAGAGGUUGUUUUUUGAGACAUUUAUUCGGAGCCUCAUCAUCCUCUGCGUUGCGAUAUCUGUUGUCCUGUCUUCAAUUGCAGUGUGUGAUGGACACUGGCUUUUUGCCAAAGGAAAGCUCUUUGGAUUGUGGCACUUCUGUACCAUCAACAACAACAGUGCCCUCAGAUGUGCCACCAACCUCACUUUGGCCAAUGUCAGAGGAAUGAACAUAGGAAUGACUCUUGCAAGAAGUAUGGUGUCUUUUGCUGUUGUAGUAGCCAUCUUUGGCCUGGAACUUCUCAUGGUCUCACAAGUCUGUGAAGACAUCAACUCAAGAAGAAAAUGGUCAAUGGGAUCAGUCCUCAUUCUUGCCUCCUUUCUGCUCUCAUCAGCUGGGGUGCUGAGCUUCUUAAUCCUUUUGAGGGACUACAUCUCCUUCACAGGUUUUACACUCACCUACUGGUGUGAGUUCAUUGCUGCCUUCCUUUUCUUCCUUAAUGGGAUCAGUGGACUUCACCUUAAUCACCUAACAUUUCCAUGGAACAGACUGAGAAAAAUUAACAAUGAUGGACAACAGCUCUGCUAAAUAAACUAAGAGCAUAUUGUAGCUCAUCAGCAUUUGAAAAGAACACCAUGUUUUCUUAGUAUACAAUAAGAGAAAAGGAUUUACAAGGGCAUGCUACUUUUAGGACCAGUCAAUAGUAGAGGAUGCACUAGAAGCUGGAUUAUUAUAGUAUCUUAGAAUUUUUAAAAAUGCAGUUCUUCAUUGUGAAGGAAUACCAGUCAAAUGGCUUACUUAAAACUUGGUUCAUAUAUUUACAGCUCCCAAUCCAGGGACUGAAGUCUCACAAAAACCAAGGAAGCAAGCUAGCAAAUUUAAAUAUAAGAAAUCCCAGUACGUUCAAGUGGAUUUAGUUAUAAUUAGUUUUACCUGAACAACUGGUCUAGGCCACUGUCCAAGCGGGAUGAGAAAUGCACUGUGUAAAUUUAUUUUGUUCUUUUCCUAAAUCUCUAAAACCUAAAUGUCGACCUACCAAGUCUGCACUGAUUCAGUGGGUCUACUCUAAUUGGGUCUUGCAACUGGAUUAGGCCCAGGAUUUUAUUCUCUUAUCAGUUAGAGUCAGAGCAAACAUUCUCAGAAUGUUGGGCAAUGGCAAUAAGAGCUUAAAUUCCAAAUAAAUCAUUUCAAUUUAACUAUUACACACGUCAAACCACUGGUAGAACUUUACUUCUUAUUUUUCCUUAAUGAAAGUAUUUGAGAUAUUUAUAUACAAUAGAAGCAUUUAUAUCAGACUAGUUGUGCACUAUGGAAUAUCUCUCUUUCAAACUGUGCCUAUAAGUAUGUUUUAUAUCAGAGGUGGGAAUCAGGUGUCACAGAUUUUGCUAAGCUGUAACUGAUCUCACUGUCUAGGGUUGCUGGGAAUUGCAGUCCAACAACAUUUUGGAGAGCCAAAUGAUUGCCAUAUAUUUUACAUGGUGACUUUAGUUGCUACUGACAAGAAACUUGUUUCAUAUAUACUAAUUACCUCCUGUGUCUCUGUCAUCAUCCACUGCUUUAACCCUCUUUAUGUCAAAAAUGACAAACCAUUGGCCUUCCACAUCUAAUGGUAAAGGACUGUAGGAACUGCAGAUGCAAACAUUUGGAGGACCAAGGUUUUAUGACUCUAUUUAAGUCUUCUUUCACUGAUACUUCUUCCUAGCCCUUUUCAGUCUCAGCUCAGCUCCUCCUUCAGCUUUACCUGAAAGCUUUUGAGUUUUACUAGUAAAAGUAGACUGUGAUGAUAAUGAUGAGUGAAGUAAAAGGGAAAACAACUGAAAAUGCACAUAGAUUGAGCUGGCAUGGGCCAUGAUAUAGGUCUGUUACAGACUGCCCAAAUAAAGCUGCUUCGGGUCUCUUUGGAGGUAUGCUAUUUAAAUGAUGCAUGGGUCCUAAGAGUCCGGAGGUUAUGCCAA